UCUAAAUCACCAUUCAUAAAAUAGCUUUAACAUUCAUCUCCUACAUGAAAGUUAUUGUAAAUAUUGGUGAAUAGAUAUCUAUAAUGUUUCCUCUUCACCUAAAGACUUAGCUACUAGGCGAUCAUUAUACUCAUAAACUAAACCAUCAGGUUUCAGUUUUUCUUUUGGAAAUCCAUUUAUUACCUUCGACUUCAUUGCCAAGAAGUAAUUCUCAUAGAUGCCAAAUCUUAUUCGAUUCUAUCGAUAUAUUACCCAAGGCUUUACAACCAAAAGGUAACUCUACAAGAUUUUAAGUCUUAUUAGAUUCCAAUAAUUCCAUUUCGUUAAUAAUGGAUUCUCCCACAAUUCUGCAUCUUUAUGGAAGUUCGAACUUCUAGCAUACUUGUAUGAUCUUUCUUUCUUAGUGUGUGAAUAACAAAUUCAUAACCAAAAUCCUUUCAUGAUUUAUGGUUCAUUUGUCUCUUCUGAGUUCAUACCCAGAUUCAUCACCCCCACUAGUUAUCCAUUAUUUCUAAUAGUAGCCAGGAUAUCACCCCACCAUUUCUUAAUAUAAAUGGAAUUUAUUGGUAUCAAUCGAUUUCACAAACUAAUGAGUAUUUCAUUAUAUAGGCUUAUGUGUUUUACUAAUGCAUAUCCAAUAAACAUAUAGUCAUAUGAUUACUUGUAAUCAUAUAGCACUGAUUCUCAAAUUCUUCUACCAGCCAACCAAAUAAUCAGAGCAAUUAAUAUUAAUGCGAUAAAGCAUUUCAAGCCAUUCCAAAUAAGCAUUACAUCACGUUUACCCAUAUUUAUCGUGUCAGAUCAAAGAUUAUGAUUCUCUAAUCACAUAUUUAUGGGUUUAUUAGCUUAGCUAUGAAAAUCAUAUUUAUCACAACCAUUAUGAAAAUGUGACCCUAGCUAUUCAAUUCCUCAAGAUAUACGUCAAAGACGUGCAUGCAAGAACCAUAAGAAUUCAACAUUUUAAAUUUAUCAUCAUAUGCCUACUCUCAUGACCAUGAUCAAUAGUGGAGUGAGCAAUACUCAACAACACUUUCUUAAUAGCAUAUGUCUUAGUAUGCUUCGAGAUACUAAUAUUUAGCCACCAUUCUUCAGAGUUACCAACAUGGUUAAUCUUUGCUCUUUUGUCAAUCAUCAUAGCCACCAAUCCUACUUUUCAAUCAAGUUAACACUAGAACAAGUGUUAUACUUGUUCCUACACUUUCGUGUCUUAUGACCUAAUUUCUCGCAACUAUUGCAGAGAAACAAAGCGUCACUCUUAGAGGAUUGGACGAUGAUCCUUUAGUUACCAUGAAUGGUACCAUUUUAAUUGGUGUGAAUCUGAUUCGGUUUGCUAUCCUGAUUCUUGAACCUUAUUAGGGUUUAGAAACGUACAAAUGGUUCUCGUGGUACUGACAAACAGUACUAAAUAAAUAAGGACAUAUAACCCAUUCCACUAGCAUAUUUACUACAUAAUAUACAUUCAUAUAUGCUUCAGAGUAUGCAUUCAUGUAAUCAAAAUUACUCUCGAAGACGUGUGUAUGAAGUUCUAAUAAUCGAGUUAACAAAUCUCAAUGUCAACAUGCACCAAUUCUAGAUUUCAUUCUAGCAUUGAUAACCUUUCUCAACUCCAUGCACAAACUCAUAUGAAAUUGAUUCUAAUUAUGUCAUUCAUAAAUGACUCAUAAGUAAGGUUUCAACUCUUACCUCUUUUCAAGAAGUCAUUAUAUUCUCCUCGUCCUCAUCGUGCUCCACUCCAUAGCGCCUUCGAUGUUAGCACAUAACAUCGCGCGCCCCUCCUUGCUUUAUGGUAGUUGAUCAUGGCUUCAGUUCAACCGGCGCAUACAAAUUCAUGCCGACGUGCACAGCUGCUGUGGUGCCAACAUUAGUGGACAUCUAGGUUCGUUUAAACCAAAAUAUUUCUAGGCCCAGGAAUUGAAAGGCCUGCUAACUUCACACAAAAAGGACACGCUUGUCCAUUCUUCCUCAUUCUGGUGGGACUUGGACAAUUAGUUAGUCGUGGCUUUCUUUCAUUUACUUGGCCCGAGAUUGAAUUUCCUUGGCCCAUUCAAUCGCGCAAACCACGUUUCCCCAACUGGCUUCCGUUGCAAUGGGCCCUGGGCUAGAUCCGAAAAUCAACACGAUUUAGGGUUGUCUCCUUCCCAGUGAUAGUUCACCCACAUCCGCCAGGAAGCUGCAACCCCUCCAGAUGGCUUCUGAUCUGUCUGAUUGUGAUGGGAUCAAGUAAGGAGGCCAUUUUUCUGGGGCUCGCCUUUGCUUCCAAGCAAUUUUCGGUAUGACCAAAUAGAAGCUACCGAGUCUCUAGGCUCUUCACAUAGGGCAAUGUGACAGCGAAGAAAAGGAAGGCUUCCACAGUUGCGGGGCCGAUCUCUUUGCAAUCUCCGAUUUCCGUCAGUAAUCCCCAUGUUCUUGUUCCAGAUUAACCCCCGCAGCACAACGGCAGUCUUUCAGGUGUGUCUGUUUAUCUCGCCGCGAGAAGGAAAAGAAGCUGGGGGAGUUCUGCUCAUGAAUCCACGAUCUCGUGAUCAAGAAUCGGCACUCUGUUUGGUAUACACGGCACAACCAAAAGUCUUAAAAUUGUUAUAAACCGAACAUAAAAUUUAGGGUUACCGAAUCUGGUUGAGUCGCGGACUAGGUCGCUCUCUUUAAGACGUUCGCGGCACUGCCUCGUAUUGCGCACAGCAGACUAUUAGCCGGUCGCCUCCAGGAUAAAACAGCCAUUCUGAUUUGUUACUCAUCGAUUUUGUGCGAAAACCGGAGCUCUAUGAACUCACUCUCUCUCGUGUUUAUGCUCUUCUACUUUUUUAGGGUAAGGCAACUCAUCUAUUUAUAUAGGAUGAGACCUUCAGCCUUCCCCUCUUGGUGGAGGAAUUGAGAAUCUUCUUAAGGAAGGAAAUCAAGAGUAAUAACUCCUGAUUAGACCUUUCUUUAAUGCAGACAAUUAACCCGAUUGAUAAAAGUUUCCUUUAAUACCAGAAAUCAAUCCGAUUGAUUGAAAUUUUCCGUUAGUAUGGGCAAUUGAUAUGAUCAUGAAAGAUUCCUUCAAUAUGGAAAAUCAAUCCAAUUGAUUGAACUUUCCGUUAAUUCGGUCAAUUAAUUCUGAUUGAAGAAACGUUUCCUUCAAUACGGAGAAUUAAUCCGUAUUAACUUCCUUACCUUUUUCAAAGACUUUCCUUUAGUUUUUUUUUUCAAACUAUUCGCAUUUCUCAAUAAUUCUUGAAGGUGGAAACUCCCAUGAUACGAAGAGGUAGAGUCACGAGAAAAUGAUGAGAAGGUAAGAUGGAUGACCCCCAUCAUCGCUUGUAAAAUUUGGCACAAAAAAAAUCGGUAAUAGAGGAAAGAAUGAUAGGGGAAAUAAGUAAUAGAAAGACAAGGGUAAAAUGAGUUUAUUGAAAAGUGACAAGGACAUAAUUGAAUUUUUUUUUUCUAAAAUAAUGAGUCAUUUGGCGAUAACUCAUAGAUAGGAGGCAUUUGGAAAUGACUCAAUAGAGGGAUUUUUCCAGAAAUAGCACCUUUAAAAAAAAUUACAAAAAUAGCGCCCAUCCGAAAAAAUUUACACUAAUAGCACCCUUUUAAUAGACCGCACCUUAUAGGUGCGUUUUACAUUUAAACCGCACCCUAAGGGUGCAUUUUAUAAAUAAACCGCACCAGUAAGGUGCGUUCCAAAUUUCUGGACCCAAACCGCAUUUUGGCCAAGCGGUUUUAGGUCUGACCUACAAAAACCGCUUGGCCGAGGUUCGGUUUUGGCAUGACCUAUUAAAACGGCAUUAUAAAGGUGCGGUUUGUUUCUCCCAAACAAAACCGCAUCCUUAUGGUGCGAUUUUGCCAUACAAACCGCACCUUGAAGGUGCGGUUUUGGUCAAUCAAUUUCCGACAUACCAUGCAGACGUAACAGACGUGGGUCUGCAUGGGCCUGCGUGGCAGACGAAAACUGCACCCCUAAGGUGCGGUUUUCAUCAGUGAUUUUACCUAUAAAAGGCCUCCUGGACAACCACUUCUCUUCACACCUCUCCUUCUCCAUUUUCAAUUUUCUGUUGUAGCUCUAUAUUUCUUUAGUAGUUUUGCGAUUAACGUUAACUCGUAAGUUUAUUUAGUAUUACUUUUUAUUGUUAUUUUUGAUUUUUGAUUUUUAUGAUAUUAACUGAACUACAGAUUUAUCGCAGAUGGCAUUUCAAAAGUUCACGUUUGGCUUAUGGUGGAAUGAUUACACAGAAGAGACCGGAAAGGGGGUCACCUACAUAGGUGGCAAUUUUCACAAGAUAAAGGUCGCUACCGGACCGCUGCUUGAAGACCUCCAUCAAAUGUGCACUAACGUUACUUGCAUGGAUGGCACGAGAAGAGUUGAUCGUAUGGUGUACCGAUAUCCAAACAGAGAAAGUGGGUCAUUGUGGCAUGAGGAAUAUCUCAUAACCACUCAGGAUGAGGUAGACGCCAUGCUCGAAUUCAUGAGGUCCAACAAUCUUUCCAAAGCCGAGAUGUUUGUUUACACCGAGUCGGUCGUAGACGCUGGAGGUCACUCUGGACACGGUCAAAUAUCUGGUAUUCAUGGUGGAGGUGAAUUAUAUGGCGAUUAUCCCUACCAAAGUUACCAUGAUCCUCAUUCAUAUUUUCAGUACCAAGAGCAAGGUGAAGGUCAUCAUCAAUCUUUCCCGUCAUAUGAAGAAGAAGUUCAACCGGACCUCCCUAACCAACCUCAGUACAACUUCCACUCAGGCAGCGGUAGUUUUCAUAACUACCAUUAUGGAGCUGAUGAAGGUGCCAUUCAUGAGCUGGAUCAGAUGGAGGAUGUCAUGCCAGCACCAGUCAGUGACCCCUCCGAUGAAGAAGGAGAGAACAACGUCAGUGCAGACAGCUCCAACCCUCUUGAAGGUGCCGAUGAUUCAGGACCAGAGUCAGACUCAGCUAAUGAUGAUGAGGGGGCUCGUGACCGUGUACCAGUCCCCUACUACAAUCACAUUCCAGACGACAAUUGGAUGGUCGACAGCGACAUGGAGCCUCCAGAGGUCCCAAUAUGGGGUCCACUCACUGGGUUUAUGAAGGACCAACAAUUUGGCUCGAAGAAGGAGGUGCGACACGCCAUUGAGACAGAAGCAAUGACUCGGCAUUUUGAAUGGCACACAACUCAUUCCAACACUAAAAGGCUCAUAGUCAGAUGCCGUAAUCAUCACGAGGGGUGCAGUGUUAGGAUUCGGGCCAUCAACAGCAAGAGACACGGCCACUGGGUCAUAUCCCGUGCGGUGAACACACACACAUGUGUGUCAUCCAUAACUUCGAAAGGCCAUCGACAGUUGAAGAGAUACAUACAUAUUAUAAUUUAAAGAGAUACAUACAUAUUAUCGUAAAACAAACAUACUAAAUUAACUAAAAUAAAUGACAUUGUUAAUGAAUAAUAAUUUAAGAGAAACACACAUAUUCAAAUGUUUGAAAUUAAUAAAAUUCAUUUUCUACACAUCAAAAUAAAUCGUAAGGGUUGUUUGGUAAAUAAUUUAAUCGUGUUGGUUGUUUUAAAUAAUUUAAUCGAAUACAAAGCAACACUCUCGUUAGACUCUUAGAAGAGGUAUACAUCUUCUUAUAAACGCAGUCUUUUUGA